GAAAUUGAACAGUCUGAUACUGUGUGAUGCAUUUUUUUUUCUUCAGACAAUUCGCCCAUCUCCUUUCUUUUAUUGUUUUAUUGGUUGUGACUGGAUAUGACUGCAGUCUGAUGAGCUCGAGGUGUUAAUUUCAAGUCAGUUUACACUGACACGCCGUCCUGUGCUAAACCCCACGGUUUAAAAUGAACCACAACCAAGCUAUAUACAAGUACAAGCAUCUUCAACUUCAGGAAACAGCUUGUUGAGGCAGGCAGUUUCCAUCCAGGGGCUGGAGAAACAGGGCGCAGAUAUUCAGGAAGAAUCAGUGGUCAGUCAGAGUCACACCACCCCUUUCGGGGUCCCCCCUUUUUGCCUUCUCUCGCCUCCCUCCCUCCCUCUCUCUCUCUCUUCCUCCCUCCCUCCCUCCCUCCCUCCCUCCCUCCCUCCCUCCGUCUCUCUCUCUCUCGCUCUCUCGCUCUCACUCUCUCUCUCUCUCACUCUCUCCCUCCCUCUCUCCCCUCCCCUCCUCUCCUACACAGCGCUGCCUCUCAGCUCCAGACUACUGUAGUUGGCACCAACUCACUCCAAGCUGGGAUGUAACAACUUUGCCGGUUGCGGUCUCUCCCCCCCCCCACACGUUAUUUCGUCCUCCCGGCGGAGGUUGGAUUACUGCUGAAGUUGGAGGGAAGCGGCUGCGGAGAUCGGGAACAGACUUCCCGGGACUUGAAGCGGAAAGUCGGAUCCAACUGCUUGUUAUACAGCCGGUGAGAAGUCGACUGAGUGUGGAUCUUAUUCAAUAUGUUAUCCAAAGAGAUCUUCUCACAGCCAACAGACGGACUGCAUGCAACAAAAUAAAAAUACGAAUGGGAGAGGGACCCGAGAUACAGUGGACAUUGUGACAGGUCAUCACCAUGGCAAUGGUUCAGGCAAAUCCCUUGACUUCUGAGCACCAGAGUCCAGUCAGUGGAAGGAAGCUGCAGCCUUCUUCACCGACGGUGCUUUUGCCGAUCGCCAUGGGUAGCGUCGGCAGUCUCGUCUCCGGCCGCAACUACCACGACAAGCACUGCAAAGCCACAGAAUAUGGCGGCAAGGGUCGGAAAACCGGCCAGAUCCAGAAUAUUUUCAGGCAGCAGGAUGGACACCUAAAAAAUGGCUAUUCCCAGGACUGCGUUGGGGCGAUGGCGGCCAAGAAGCAGAGUGGGAACUACGUGCACACGAAGGACGACCGGCGCAAUGGAGGCUGGAACAUGAUCGAGUCACCGACCAGCCCUUGCAGUGACACCGAGGACACACGGGAAGGAAAGCUGGCCAAUGGAAACAUCCGCGGUCCACCGCCGAAGAUUAUUCCAGUGUCGGGCAAGCUGGAGAAGAACAUCGAGAAACACCUGAUCAGGCCGACGGCCUUCAAACCAGUUGUGCCCAAGAACAGGAACUCAGUGCAGUACCUGGUUCCCCGCCCCAUCAACGGGCUAUCGGACAGCCAGGGGAGCCUGAACAUCGUCUUCAACGGGAGCUCGCUGGGGUCGGUGAUGUGCGGGGAGAAGCGCAACUCUCUGCAGAGCUACGGGUGUGCGAGGGGCAGCGUGCAGUCAGGGACGCUGUCUGACUCUGGCAGGAACUCGCUGUCCAGCCUGCCCACCUACAGCACAGGUGGCAGCCAGCAGCUGGACGGUGUGGGCUCAUCCACGGGGCAGCUCCACCUGGAGGCGGGAGGAGGAGGUGGCGGCGGCGGCGGUGGCCAUGGGUACCAGGAGCGUGGAGCGGUCUCCCUCCACAACUCAGACAGUGGCCGCUCCUCCUCCAGCAAGAGCACGGCGUCGCUGAGCGGCCGAGCUCCGGCACUGUCGGACGGCGAGCGCUCGCCACCACCGCCCCCGCCACCGCCGGGCCACGAGGCGGUCGUGCGCGAUCUGGAGGACAGGCUGCGGGAGCGCGAGGAGGAGCUGCAGCAGCUGCGCGAGAGCCUGGAGGAGAAUGAGGCGGCUCUGUGCCAGAUCUAUGAGGAGAAGCAGCGGCGAUGCGAGCAGGAGAUGGAGGAGCUGCGCCGCAGCUGCGCCGGACGCCUGCGCCAGAGCUCGCAGAAAACACAGCGGGUGCAGCAGGUGCUGCAGCUGCAGGUCUACCAGCUGCAGCAGGAGAAGAAGAAGAUGCAGGAGGACUUUGCGCAGCUGCUGCAGGAGCGGGAGCUGUUGGACAAGAAGUGCGCCUCCUUCGAGAAGGAGCAGACUGAGCUCGGACCACGACUGGAGGAGACCAAGUGGGAGGUUUGCCAGAAGUCGGGGGAGAUAUCCCUGCUGAAGCAACAGCUGAAGGACUCCCAGUCCGAUCUAGCCAUGAAGAGCAACGAAAUUGUCUCCAUGAAGGCGCAGCUCCGCGAAGUUCGGGCGGAGCUUCAGGACCACGAGGACGAGAUCCACGAGUUCCGGGAUUUGGUGCACACCAAGACCUUGGAGCUGGAGGUGUGCGAGAACGAGCUGCAGCGGAAGAAGAACGAGGCCGAGCUGCUGAGGGAGAAGGUGGGCAAGCUGGAGAUAGAGACCACGGGCCUGAGGGAAGCUCUGGGCAGCAGCAGGCAGCAGCAGGCGGUCGGCACGUACGCCGAGCGGGAGGACGCCUUCCUGAUGUACGAGAGCGACGAGGCCAAGGUGCAACGUCAAAACGCGGACAACCAUCAGGGCCUCUGGCAGCAGCUGGAGAAGCUGAGGGCCGAGCUGAUGUACGAGCGCAGGAGGAGCGAGAAUCAGCAGCAGAACUUUGAGGUGGAGCGGCGAACAUGGCAAGGGGAGAAAGAGAAGGUGAUUAGGUACCAAAAGCAGCUCCAGCACAACUACAUACAGAUGUACAGGAGAAACCGGGAGCUGGAAAGGGAAAUGAGACAACUUAGUGUGGAAUUGGAAGCUAGGGAGUUGGAUGACCUGGAAGCGCGAAAUGAAGACAUUCGAUUUGAGGAGAUCACGGCAACAGAAAUCUAAAAAAAUGAUUUUAAUAAAGGACAAAACCACCUUUGCCAAAUCUUUGUGUUAGAUAAAUAUAAUGAUGGACAAUCAUAACUCUCUAACCUGUUUUAGUUUACUUCCAAUGUUUGUAAUAAAAGGGCCAAUGACUGCUUUGACCUAAUCUUCCUCCAGGUACAUCAAGACAUCUAGGUCUAUCGUUGCUUCCACGGAUGUUCCCAUUAAGUGCUUUUUCAAUCCCUCGCUGUGUGAGUGUAGGGGGAGAUACAAUGAAAUACAGCGGUGAAGCUGACUACACCAAUGAGCAAACAGUCGGUAAUGUUUGCAGUGAAAUGGUUCUGUUCUAUCGACACCCAAAACCAGGGGGAUUUGGUGUUCAUUAUACUAGAUAUACCAGAGUUGUCCCUCUCUAAUUAAAUCAGUUAAAGAUACAGCAUGGGAAAAGACCAUUCUGCCCCCAGGCCGAGCAUCGCUCGCCCCUGUUCACACUAGUUCCAUGUUAUCCCACUUUCUCAUCCAGUCCUUAUGGACUCUUACAGGCAAUUUACAGAGGCCAAUUAACCUCUACAAACCCGCACAUCUUUGGGACGUGGGAGGAAACUGGAGGAAACCCAUGCGGUCACAGGGAGAACGUGCAAACUUCACACCAACAGCGCCCGAGGCCAGGAUCGAACCUGGGUCUCUGGCGCUGUGAGGCAGCAGCUCUACCAGCUGUACCACCCUGCCGCCCAUCCACGUCCAUGGGCAUUGACCUAUCCCAAGAAUAUUCACCCAGUACCUUUGCCACUCAUCCACCAUCAAAGGACAAGGCAAAUUUGGCCAAGUUGAUCUUUGGGUGUAGAUAACUUUAAUUAAAAAGAAACAAAAGCAGUUAUAAAAACAAAAUGCAAUAGGAUGCAAUUUUUCAGAAUGGAAUGGACUUGAAAAUAUACCUUGAAAAGUGCUCCUGUAAAAUAAUUCUGAAUUCUGAGCACCUUUUAUAAAAUGGCAUAAAACAAUGAAA